GCUGUUUGCUUGGUAAGAAGACUGAUGAGUAAAAUACAUUAGAUAUACCAUUUAUGGUAAAGAGUGAGAGAGGAAACACGUAGCGGAAGUUCGGGCAGUGGAAAUCCAACAUGGCGUCAGACUUCGGAGACCAACUCCCUGAUGAGGAAAAGGUGCGGAUUGCCUCAGAUUUCGUCUUACACUCCCCUCCUGGUGAAUUCAAUGAAGUCUUCAAUGAUGUGCGAACCCUCGUCAACAAUGACACCCUCUUGCGGGAAGGUGUUGCCCGAGCAAUUGCCGAAUACAACAAAGACCAGCUGACCCCAGUGAGGUUGGAUGGACAGAAUCACUAUGCUCUUGUCACAGAACACAAUGACCUUGGAGGUGGACGUUUCCUUGAUCCUCGGGCAAAACUCACAUUCAAGUUUGAUCACUUACGCAAAGAAGCGACAGAUAUGAAGGCAUGUGAGAGCGACCCAACCACAGAGAGCUGGAGGAGUGCAGUAGAGACACAACUAAUGCAGUAUUCCGGUGACCACUACCCUCAUGGUGUUUGUGCUGUGUAUGCUAGGGCACAAGGCUCAGCAGUAACGCUUACUAUGUGCAUAGAAGAUCAUCAGUUUCAACCUAAAAAUUAUUGGAAUGGUCGGUGGCGAUCAACGUGGACAGUGACUCUAGGAGGUGGCAGUGUGGAGCUCAAAGGGGUCCUUAAGGUGCAAGUUCACUACUAUGAAGAUGGAAAUGUCCAGUUAGUCACAUCCAAAGAUGUCAAGGGUAAUCUUACGGUUGCUGGUGAGGAAGAGACGGCUCGAGAACUGGUGCACUUCAUAGAGACGGCAGAAAAUGAAUACCAGACGGCUAUCAGUGAAAACUACCAAACUAUGUCGGACACAACCUUCAAGGCCUUGCGCCGUCAGCUGCCUGUCACGCGUACCAAGAUUGACUGGAAUAAGAUAGUUUCAUAUUCUGUGGGAAAGGAGCUUAAGAAGCAAUAAUAGUUAAUGAUGGUACUAUGGAACAUUUUAAAAAUGAGUAUCUCUAUAUAAUGAAUUAGGGAUAGUCUUUACAGUGCAUUUGGUAUUCAUAAUUCCCAUUGAUUUAUUGUCAGUUGUUGAAUACUUCAGAGUUAGAUCGUUAUUUUGUCCUUAAGCAUUAUUAAGAUUGGAGAUUAUUUUAAUUAUUGUUUCUUAGUUAACCUAAAUAUGUUGAGAAUAAUCAGGUAUUGAAUUUUUUUUUGUCUUAAUUGAUCAGUUUCCCUUUUAAAGGUAGAGGUGAAUAUAUUGCUUUUGGGCUUCUCUGGGGUGAACCAUGCCAAUAUUUCUAUGAUGUUGUGCACUGUUACUGAAGGUUAAACACAUCUCUUGUUAAACUGUUGUGUAGAUCAUCAGAAACACGCAGCAAGAGUACGCCCUCAUGUAGAACGGAACAUUGAGCUACAUUUACUAUUCAGGAUUAUUGGGAAAAACUCGUUCAUACAUAUACCAUCAAGAAUUGUUCCAUCAUGUGCAUUUUUCAUUGCUUUAAAUUACUAGAGGUUACUUUGUAAUCUCAGUGUUCCACCUUUGGUCGAUGUCUUCCUGUGCGCUGUUUUUGAUUGUUUACGCAAGCAUCAAGCGCUGGGGGCAGCAGGCUUUCUUACAUUAGUUGCAGACAAGAAUAAAAUGGGCCUGUUGGGGAUGUCAGUUUCCUUACAGUCUCUGUUGCGAAGGUUAGUCAUUUUGUGGCUCAAGCUGAUAACUUUAUACAAGUUGGUCCAUUAGGUGUGAUCCCCUGACUGCUGUGAUGCCUGGUUAUGUAAAAGUUUGCUGGGGGUUGUGUCUGUUCCUAAAGAUGGCCUGCUUGCUGACUGCUUGAUGGUGUUGAUUAUAUAGUACAUAUUUAUCUAAUCAUUUACACUUAUUGUUUAAGAGAUGAUUUUGAAGUGCUACCUAUCAUGCCAAGUGCAUUACAGGUCAAAAAAUUUGUCAGGUUAAACUCUCCUGAGGGUAUUUCACUUUGUCCUAAUGCACAUUAUUUUGGGUGAAGCGUGGUAAGAUGAGUAAUGGUAAGCCUAGAAAAGGAUUUAUACACUAACAAAUGAAUUUUAGCUUUAACUUUUACCAUAAUAUGUGAUUAAUAUACAUACACAAACAUAAAUUGUUGUUUUUUUUUUUUUUUUUUUUUUUUAAUGAAUGAAAAUGAACAUGAUUUCAGCAUACAGGUUGUGUGGUUAAGUCUUCCACCAAGUAGUAGGGAUCCAGAUACAGUACUGAGCAUUAUAAAUUACUUUGGGAUUGGACUUAUGAAAAGUGUUAUAAUAGUUACCUCAUCCCUUGCAGCUAUAUUUAAGCCAAGUUUUGUGUGUCCAGUGAGGGUCAUCAGUUAUUUGCUAUGAUGGAUGACCUUCACUAAGGAUUAUAUUCAUAAAAUUUUGUAAAGAAGAAAGAUAUAAAAAUCUCAUUUAGAUGAAUCCAGUUGAUCACACUGUCAAGUAUGUGCUCACGGAAGUUUGAAAUUUUGUGAAAGUCUGUGAGGGAAUUGGGCAGAAUUUACAUAACCGAGGUUGAAAUGAGGUUGUUAGAUUUUACUUAAAAAAUUAUCUUAUUGUGCUUGUUGAUACACCUGUAUUGAUUUCCUGAGACUUUUCAAGAACUUAAUUCUAGGCUUGUCAUUGCUGAGCUUGUCUACCAAGACAAUUCCAAUAUUGUAAUGGCUGUCGUUGACUGGAGAAUGCUCUUGAUGCUUAUUGAACACUUUGUUUAUCACUUUUGUCUAGGAACGACUGCUUUAUGUAAAAAAUAUACAAAACGUUAUCCCUGGUUGGAUCCUUUUCUAGUGAUUAUAAUUUUUGAAGGUUAUAUGGGUCUGUUUUAAACUCCUUGGUGUUACUUUAUAAUUAUGAAAGGAUUUAUGUUUCAUAAGUAAAAACAGUUGGGCUUGUUUUGCACCUGCAUUGGAAAUCAUUGCCAAAGUGUUUUUCUUGUUGGUUUUCAUUUAAAGGAGCAAUAUACAAAUCAAUUUUGUUUUUAAGGCAUAAAAUCCUUUUUAAUGUUUAUGGGACUUUAGUUAAUCCUUAUCUUCUACUUGUCAGUCACACCAUUGUCAUACCAGUUAAUAAAUCUUGCAUCUCUGAAA